AAAGCUCCGAUUAAAAAGGCUGGCCGAAUUCGAGCGGCGGUACUGGUACUGCACAACCUCAUUUCUUGUAGUCCUAGCUUUUGACAACGACGACCAUGGCACUGAGUUUCAUAGGAAAACCAAUUUCUCUCAUAUCUCAUUCUGAUGUACGGUAUCGAGGAAUACUGGCGGGUAUCGACCCUGCAGCCUCCACGAUCCAACUCUCAAAUGUAUUCUCCAUGGGUACAGAGUCGAGAAGGCCGCCUUCAGAAUUCAUUCCUCCAGUUCAAGAACCAUACCAGUACAUCAUUUUUCGCGCAUCUGAGGUCAAAGACCUCGCAGUCGAUGAGCCGACUCCCCUUCGUAGUGUUCACGAUGACCCUGCAGUGUUGGGGGCGUCUGCUCCCGGAACUCAACCCCAGUAUGGUGCAUAUGGUCCUCAAUACCAGCAGCCUGUCGUAGCCCAACCGCCACCUCCACAAGCUCAGGCUGCCGUUUAUCCUCCCCCUGUGCCAGUGCAAGAUGCGCCCGUUCCCUCGAUGGUUCCUGUUGUUCAAACGAAUGACGCACCAGGUCCUAGCACUGGCCCCCGUGUCAAUCCGGUGCACACCGCCGCUGCUUCAAUGGAAACAGUUCAACGCGCUUUAGGAGACUUGCGCGGAUCCAGCAAUGGUGCACCCACGCAUGGUGGUCGUGGUGGCCGACGUGGUCAUCACGGCCAUGGUGCGGAGACAAAAGCAGCAGACAUUAAGGUGCCUUCGACCGAUUUCGAUUUCCAGAGCUCCAACGCUCGGUUCGACAAGGCGGCGGUUGCACCAAAGAAGAAGGAUGGCGAUGAUGAGAAUGGCGUUCCCUCAGAUCGCGACUCGCCAGCGGAAAAAAAGGAGGAGGAGGAUGGAGCCUAUAACCCAACGAAAUCAUUUUUCGAUUCUCUAUCAUCUUCGACACAGGCUGCUCUGCCACCAACACGAGGCAACGGUGGACGGCGGGGUGGCGGAGGCAGAAAUCGUAGGGAAGAAGAAAGGGAGCGCAACGUUGCUACGUUUGGUGAGCCUGGGGGUGUAGGAUUGAUGGGCCCAGGCGCUUACGUUGGAGGUUGGGGUGGAUAUGGACGACGAGGGGGACGUCCAAGGGGACGUGGUGUGCCUCCUGUCGGGGGCCGUUAGGCUAGUAAUCUCUUGUCACCCAAUAAUAUGGAACCCAUACUGCAUUCGUGUUGGCAGCCGUGUGCGCUCUAAAGAGAUUCGCAUGUGCUCUUUCACUGACACGUAAUGCAACAUGCAUCUCGUUGCAUAAUGGGAGCUCCCAAGGUUUUCUUGUCCCCAUCUCAAUAUUCAAUCUGGUCAAAUGGACGUUAAACUUGAAUGUGUGAGAAGUCAUCACGACACGUCUGGAAUUUGUAGUAAAUUGAGUGAACCCAUGGUUAGCAUCCCAGGUGGUGUGCCGGGCCCGGCAAAAACUUUGAAUUCAGCCCUGGCUAUGUAGGGCCUACAAACCACCCAGGACAGGCCCCUUGAAGCCAGGUCCGGGACUCAUCGCUAAUGCCAGGAGCAGUCAAACCGUGGUACUAUGUUUUCGGUUCAAUUAAUUGCCACCGAGGUAUAAAUAUCCA